AUGCCCCCUUUUCCACCCUUGCGGCCAACGAAAUCCAAUCAUGAUCACGGACGCCCACACGACACUGAUUACGGCUCACACGUCGUUAUCGACCAGGAGACAGAGGAUAUAAUUGCCGGGCUGCACGGCACAAUAACAAAUGAGCCUGAAACGGAAUUCCCUGAGCUAGGGAGGUAUUUGAGGGAUGACCAGCAGGCCAGAACCCAAGCCUUCCCACUCAGCGUUUGCCUCAAGUCGGUGUCAACAUACGGCCGGCCUGGAGGCCUGGAGCCAGUACGGACUCUCAAAGAUGCCAUUUGGAGAACCUUAACUUUCCAAGACGUGUAUGAGUGGACUUUGAAGAGGAUGCUAUCCUCCGACAAGAUGGAAAACGGCCAAGCUCUGAUCCGUGAUUUCUCAGGCGUCGUUCGCAGCGGAGAGAUGCUGUUGGUACUGGGGAACCCCGGAUCUGGAUGCAGCACCUUCUUGCGUACUAUCGGCAACGAUCACUCCUCCUUCCUCGGCAUCAAGGGGUCUAUCGAUUACUCGGGUCUUUCUCCUACCGAUAUUUUGAAACAUUUCAGAGGCGCAGUCUCUUAUGUUCCAGAAGACGAUAUCCAUUUGCCCACUCUUACAGGCCGUCAGACGUUGGAGUUUGCCCUCCGCAACAAGACACCCAGGAAAUGGUGUGAUCAGAUCCCAAGGUUUCUGGAAGAAUUCGGGCGAGCGUUUGGCAUGACUCAGGCUCUGGACACUCUUGUGGGCGAUGAAUACAUAAGAGGCAUGUCAGGCGGCGAGAGGAAGCGCAUUUCCAUCCUGGAAUCGCUGGCAUCGGACGCCUCCAUUCAAGCAUGGGAUGGAUCGACUCGUGGUCUUGAUGCAUCUUCUGCCCUGGACUACAUCAAAUCACUUCGUCUUAUGACCGACUCAUGCCAACGUGCAACUAUCGUUUCGCUGUACCAGGCCUCGGACGUCAUUUUCAACCUCAUGGACAAGGUUGUUCUUAUUGACCAAGGGAGAAUGCUUUACCAAGGCCCUGCGAAGAGUGCGGAGGCUUACUUCAAUGCUAUGGGCUACCAGCGCCUCCCCCGGCAAACCAUGAGCGACUUCCUCACAAGCAUUACCUCGGCCAAUGCCGACAACAACAUCCGCGAUAAGUCCGAUUCUACCGUACCUCGGAAUGCUGUGGAUCUCGAACAAGCCUUUAAGGCCAGCCAAGCUUUCAAAGAUGUUCAAGCUGAGAUUGACCAAUACGAAGCUGAGUUCAGUGUUCAUGGGACCGAUUCCCAGAACGGUGAGGGACGUUCUUUGCCAAUGACAAAAGCUUUGAAGCAACAUUCCGAAAAGCAUAAAUCAAAGUAUGUUGCUUCUCGCUCUUCAUACAACAUAUCGUUCUUUCGACAAGUGCUCCUAUGCGUCAAGAGGGAGUUUUGGCAACUGAACGGACACCGCGCACCCCUGAUUUCAAAGUUCCUUUGUGUCUUGGUUUGCGCAUUCAUUCUCUCAUCAAUGUUCUACAACAUGCCAGUUGACACGGAUGGCGUUUACUCCCGAGGAGGCUUUUGCUUCUACGCAGCCGGAUUAGUCGCAUGGUUCCAGCUAGGAGAACUUGAUUCAGCUUUUUCAGGCAGAUCGGUUAUCAGCAGGCAGAAACGAUACGCGAUGGUGAGGCCCAGUGCUGUGGUUAUUGGGAAAACAGUCAUGGAUAUCCCCAUCAUUUUCUUCCAGAGUACCGUCUUUUCGCUGAUAGCGUACUUCAUCAGCGGGUUAAGGUCCGAUGCCGGCGCUUUCUUUACAUUUCUAAGUGCCAUCUUCUUGUGCACUAUGGCUUACACGGCAUCUUACCGUGUCUUUGGUGCAGCUUCACCGCAUCUGGAAGUAGCCUUAAGAUACUGCGGAAUCUUGUCACUUAUCACUAUGGCAUGUGGUGGAUACUUGAGACCGGUUUCGAGCUUGAUGUCCGAUGUGCCAUGGGUAGGAUGGCUCGGCUAUUUGACACCGGUUCUCUACACAUUCGAAAUUCUAAUGGCAGUCGAGUUCCGCAAUCGCGAGUUUCCAUGUGGCAGGGGUUCCAUCAUCCCAUCUGGCACAGAAUACAACGACGAGAUGUUCCAAGCCUGUGCAUCCAGGGGCGUACCUCCGAAUCAACUAAGUUUGAAUGGAGAUAGCUACAUCAACAGCGAAUUCGGCUUCUCAUUUAGUAACAUUGGACGAAACUACGGCAUCCUCCUGCUAUUCUUAGUAGCACUGUGCCUUCUUAAUGUCUGGUUAGUUGAGAAGGUGGACUGGGCUACUGGACAGAACAAAGGCCUCGAGAGCAUCCGUAGCUUCAAGCAUCAGGCUGCGUCGAGUAAAUGCGAUGAAGAGAGUACAGACGAAGUCAGAGUCGUCGAGAGGCCUAACGGAGAGGCGGAUUCACGCAAAGUUAACAGCAAUCUUGAGAGGUCCGGUGCGACUUUCUCCUGGCGGGAUAUUAACUAUAGCGUCCAAGAGCAUGGUCAGAAGAAGCAGCUUCUUCAUGGUGUUUCUGGGUUCUGCACACCUGGAAGCCUCACAGCUCUCGUCGGCACCUCAGGAGCCGGUAAAAGCACAUUGAUGACGGUUUUGUCGCAGCAGGGCACGGGAAUAGUGACAGGCGAAAUGAAGAUUGGCAACCAGAAUAUCGGACCCUCUUUCAGCCGUCGGAUUGGUUUCUGCCAGCAAAUGGAUAUCCACGUCGAGACGAGUACAGUCCGAGAGGCUUUCGAGUUCUCUGCUCUCUUGAGGCAAAGUUCAGAAAAGAGCAAAGAAGAUAAAAUCGCAGACGUGGACAAAAUCCUCGACAUUCUAGAAAUGUCCGACUUGCAAGACAUGGUAAUCAGGUCACUCUCAUUAGAGCAAAAAAAGCGCACAACGAUUGGUGUAGAGCUCUGCGCCAAUCCAGACCUCCUACUGUUUCUUGACGAGCCUACAAGCGGACUGGAUAGUCAGGGAGCGAUGAGCAUCAUCAGGUUGCUUCGACGGCUAGCGGACGCUGGUCAGGCCAUCCUGUGUACCAUUCAUCAGGCGAGCCAAGAACAAUUUGAGCUCUUCGACCGUGCUCUUGCGCUUCAACGAGGCGGCAGAGUUUAUUACUUCGGAGAUAUCGGAGUCGAAGGGAGAACGAUCAUCGAUUAUUUCGCAAAAUACGGCGUGCCUGCGGAGUCGGACAAGAAUGUCGCAGACCUCUUGAUAGAGGUCACUACCCAAGAACCAAAGAACUCUAUGGGCAGCUGGUCAGAUAUUUGGGCACAGUCUGAUGAGGCAGCUGCUAUCCUGGAAAAGAUCACAGCCAUAACCACCAGCAGUACAGCAGCGGCAAACGAACACGACCCAUCUUUUUCGAAACAGUACGCCUCUUCAACUUAUCAACAAAUCCUUCACUUGACAAAAAGAACUUCCCUACAGUACUGGAGGACUCCUGAUUAUAUAUACUCUCGACUUUAUUGCUCUUUUUUUCAUUCGGCUCUGAACGGCCUGAUGUUCUUGCAGCUCGGCAAUACCGAAGCAGACAUGCAAUAUCGCAUCUUCUCAAGCUUUCUGGUACUGAUGAUUAUCCCCGAGUUCAUCAACGCGUGUGCUAUGAUGUUCAACGACAACAGGAAUGUGUGGCUCGGAAGGGAGUAUCCGAGCCGCAUAUACGGCUGGACCGCCUUCAGCACAGCAAACGUCAUCUCGGAGAUACCCUACGCUAUGGCUGGAGCUGUGCUUUUCUACGUCUUAUUUUACUUCCUGGUCGGCUACCCACUUGGAACACCGGCAGGUUAUACAUUCCUCAUGAUACUGAUGUUCCAUCUUUUUUCAACGUCUUGGGGACAAUGGAUCGUGGCCCUCAGCACCGAUGCAAGCAUGGCUGCGAACCUGAUGCCCUUUUUUGUCGUCAUGUGUGAAUUCUUCAAUGGCGUGCUACAGCCGAAAGAGCUCAUGCCUGUUGUGUGGCGCUACACAAUGUACUACAUCGGACCUUUUACAUACUGGAUUUCAGGGAUCGUGUCGAUGGUCCUCAAUGGAGUCUCCGUCAGAUGUACUGAUUCGGAGUUGAUCCGCUUUAAAGCGCCUUCGAAUACUACCUGUGGCGAAUACGCCAUGGACUGGCUGUCCGGCAGCAGAGGAUAUCUGGAAAACCCAGCCGCUUCCAGCGAAUGCGGCUACUGUCAAUAUUCUUCCGGCGAAGAUUACUUGUCUUCCAUCGGUUUAACUAGCGGCGAUGCCUGGCCUUAUCUGGGAAUAUUUGUGCUCUUCACAUUCACCAACUACGCCAUGGUCUACAUCUUUGUCUAUGUUAAAUCGGUUAAAAAUUGGUUGCCCUGGUGA